AUGGAGAUGAUCGCCACCACGAACGGAACAACAUCCGGCAGUCCGACAAAUGUGCCCUCUCGAGGAGCCCCGCCCAGCCGUGGUUUCCUUGUCAUGCGCUCAUGUGUACGUGCGCUUAUGAAUAAGCGGACUAAUAAAGAAAUCGUGAACGUUGUCAAGAAGUUAAUGAUCACAAUCACUUUUGAAUUCCAAUCGCCACGUGUUAACAAUCCAUGUAUUUGUGUUUCCGAAAAACGUGCAAACGAAACUUUUUAA